AGACGUCCGUCAGCGUCCGUUCAUUUCAUUCUUCUCUUUUGAACCGAGGAGCUAUACCGCCAUGCGGGUGCGAUGAUUGUGCUAUGGUUCGGUGUGGUGAAAGAAUUGUCUACUUUUAUAAAACAUCGUGUAAACUUUUUGUAAUAAAGUGGUGAAGAAGUUAUCUACUGGAUGUUACACCUACUACAGUGUAUAAGUUUAACAAAACUUGUUUUUUAACAUAUGCUCCAAAAAAUAUUGUUACUCACUACCAAUGAGCUUUGGUAACUACGGUAUUUCAAAUUAGUCGACGUUCGUAUCUUGCCCAAGAAAAGUGACUAUGUCUUACAAUUCUUCACUCGAUGAUUUUUGUGGAUCCAAAUUUUGGGAUAGCAAUCUAACAUGGUACACAGACAAUCCAGAAUUGACACCAUGUGUUCAAAAAACAGUACUUGUUUGGAUACCAUGCAUAUAUCUUUGGGUGGCAGCUUUUCUUGAUCUCUACUACAUACUACAUAGCAAAGAGAAAAAUAUACCUUGGAAUAUAUUGAAUAUAACUAAAUUAGUUGUCAACUGCCUUUUAAUAGUUGUAAAGUUUGUGGAUUUAGGUGUCACAGUGCAUAAUUCUUCACAGAAAGACAAAGUUGUUGCAAAUGCUGAUUAUUAUAGUCCUAUUAUAAAAAUAUUAACCUUUGGAUUAUCAGCAACAUUACUAUACUACAAUAGGAAAUAUGGAAUGAGAGCAUCAGGGGUGCUGUUUUUCUUUUGGUUACUUUUGAUAUUGGCAGGAUUACCGGAGCUCAGAUCUGAAAUAGUGGAGCAUUAUGAGAAAGCAGAUGAUGAGAAUGUCCAAUACAAUUUCGUUAGCUAUAUGGUUUAUUACCCGCUGAUUAUAUUUAUGUUCAUAUUGAAUUGGUUUGCCGAUUUGCCUCCAAAAGACACUCCAUAUACAUUCGAGAAGAACCAAUGCCCAGAGAAUGCGUCAGGAUUCCCUAGCCGGCUCACGUUCAGUUGGUUUGACCCUCUCGCGUUGACGGGCUUCCGACGAAACUUGACCGAGAAUGACCUUUGGGCGCUAAACCCUCAAGACUCGUCGAGGGAAGUAGUACCUAGAUUCGACAAAUUUUGGGAAAGAUCACUCAAAAAACGAGAAAAUUCCAGUGGUGCUAAAGCGACUUACAGUAAGAAUUCAGCCAGCGUUAACUUCAAGCCGGAAAAAGAAAAGAAGCCUGCCUCGAUAUUGCCGGCGCUAUGUAUGGCAUUUGGAGGGCAAUUUUUGUUCGGUGCUCUCCUGAAAUUGUUUAACGACACCCUAAUGUUUCUUUCGCCACAACUCCUGAAACUUCUUAUAAAUUUCGUCCAAAGCAAAGAGCCGCUAUGGAAAGGACACUUGUACGCAGUAGCUUUGUUGGCUUGCGCGACUGUUCAAACCAUGCUGUUGGCACAUUACUUCACCAGAAUGUACCUAGUGGGUAUGAGGAUAAGGACUGCUCUCACAAGUGCUAUCUACAGGAAGUCGCUCCGUAUGUCAAAUGCGGCCAGAAAAGAAUCCACUGUGGGUGAAAUCGUUAAUUUAAUGUCAGUGGAUGCUCAAAGAUUUCUGGAAUUGACAGCAUAUUUGAACAUGAUAUGGUCGGCACCUCUCCAAAUCGCGUUGGCCCUUUAUUUCCUGUGGGGUAUUCUAGGGCCGUCAGUGCUUGCCGGCCUGGCUGUCAUGAUAAUACUCAUUCCUGUCAAUGGCCUCAUCGCUAACAGAGUAAAGACGCUACAGAUCAAACAGAUGAAGUAUAAAGACGAAAGAGUUAAACUUAUGAAUGAAGUACUUAACGGCAUUAAGGUUCUUAAAAUGUAUGCGUGGGAGCCUAGCUUUGAGGAUCAAGUUUUAAAGAUAAGAAAUAAAGAAAUGCAUGUAUUAAAGCAAACAGCAUAUCUCAAUUCAGCUACUUCAUUCAUUUGGUCUUGUGCGCCUUUUCUGGUGACAUUUCUAACGUUCUUCACGUUUGUGAUAUCUGACCCAGAAAAAAAUAUCCUGACUGCCACAAAUAUUUUCGUGUCGAUGUCCUUGUUUUACACAAUGCAUUUGCCGUUAGGUUUGCUCCCUAUCAUCGUGGUCUCGGCGAUAGAGACUUCAGUUGGUAUUAAGAGAUUAAACAAAUUUAUGAAUUGUGAAGAAUUGGAUGAACAUGCAGUAGAUCACGACACGAAAGAGCCUAACCCGCUUGUAAUAGAAAAUGGUCACUUCUCUUGGGGUGAGAAGGAUUCAGAGCCGAUGUUGAAGAACAUCAACCUCCAUGUGCCUCGUGGGUCCCUGGUAGCUGUGGUCGGCGCUGUGGGUUCGGGGAAGAGUUCCCUGCUCUCCGCUCUCUUAGGCGAGAUGAACAAAGUUUCAGGCCGCAUCAACACUACAGGUGAAAUAGCUUAUGUGCCACAACAAGCGUGGAUUCAAAAUGCAACACUACAAGAUAACAUAUUGUUCGGAAAAGACCUCGAUAAGCAGCGAUACAACAACGUUAUUAACGUAUGCGCUUUGAAACCCGACUUCGACGUCUUACCUGGAGGUGACCAGACCGAGAUUGGUGAAAAAGGUAUAAAUCUGUCUGGUGGUCAAAAACAGCGAGUGUCACUUGCUAGGGCGGUGUACUACGACGCUGAUAACUAUUUCUUGGACGACCCGCUCAGCGCAGUGGACUCGCAUGUUGGAAAACAUAUAUUCGAUAAGGUCAUCGGCCCCAACGGAUUGUUGAAGAGUAAAACUCGCAUUUGGGUGACGCAUAGUGUAUCGUAUUUGGCACAAACAGACCUCGUAGUUGUUUUGCGUGACGGCGAAAUAUCCGAAGCUGGCACUUACCAGCAACUGUUGGAGAAGAAGGGUGCUUUCGCCGAAUUCCUAUUGCACCACCUCAGUGACGCCGAAAGGACUUCCCCUGAAGAAUUGGACGCAAUCAAAGAACAACUCGAGACAAAACUCGGCACUGAAUUCCAAAACAAAUUGCAAAGAGCUCGAUCAUUGUCGGAGAGCAACUCGGAAACAGAACCAGCAAGUUCGGGUGACAGAGCCGGCAGUGUAAAACGCAAAACACCAGAGGCCACGCCCAACGAACUCAAAGAGAAGUCUAAGCUUAUUGAAGCGGAGAAAACUGAAACUGGCAGUGUGAAAUGGAGUGUGUACAAGCAUUACUUGAUGAGCGUGGGAGUGCUUGCUUCUGUGGUGACGGUGCUUAUGAACUUGAUUCUACAGGUGUUCCAGGUCGGCUCUAACUACUGGUUAGCAGAAUGGUCCAACGAUGAAACUAUGAUUGUUAACGGCACUGUGGAUAAAGCCAAACGGGAUCUUUACCUCGGCGUCUACGGUGGUCUGGGCAUCGGACAAGUGGUGUCGGUGUCGGUGUCGUCGCUGGCGCUGUAUCUCGGCACGCUGACGGCGGCGCGGGGGCUCCACGCGGCACUCCUAGCGGGCGUGCUGAGAGCGCCCAGCAUCGGCUUCUUCGACUGCACACCCGUCGGCCGCGUGCUCAACCGGUUCAGCAAGGACGUGGACGUGCUCGACAACGUACUGCCCAUGACACUGCGCGGCUGGACCUCCUGCUUCUUUGCGGUAUUGGGAACAUUGUUCGUGAUAAGUCUGUCGACGCCGAUCUUCUUGGCGAUCGUUUUGCCCAUCGGUGUCGUGUACUACAUCAUUCAGAGGUUCUACGUGGCGACGUCGCGGCAGCUCAAGAGGCUGGAGUCAGUAUCACGGUCACCGAUAUACUCGCACUUUGGAGAGAGUAUUACGGGAGCAUCUACUAUUAGAGCCUACGGUGUCACCCAGAGGUUCGUUGAGGAAUCCGAACGCGGCGUAGAUCACAACCAGACCUGCUACUACCCCAGUUGCAUCGCGAACCGAUGGCUGGCGGUCCGCCUGGAGAUGAUGGGGAACCUUAUAAUAUUCUUUUCGGCAUUGUUCGCUGUACUGAACCGGGACACCGUCAAUCCCGGUCUCGUCGGUCUGUCUGUCAGCUAUGCUUUACAGAUAACUCAAACACUAAAUUGGUUGGUAAGAAUGACCUCGGAAGUCGAAACGAACAUAGUAGCGGUAGAGAGAAUAAAGGAAUACGCGGAGACGCAACAGGAGGCGCAAUGGAACCUCCCGAACGGUCCGGGUUCGACGUGGCCGGAGACUGGCGCCUUACAACUAGAGCAACUGACGCUCGGGUACCGCGCGGGAGAACCGGCGCUGCGCGACGUGACGUGCACCGUGGCCCCGCGCGACAAGCUCGGCAUCGUAGGCCGCACCGGUGCCGGCAAGUCAACGCUCACGCUCGGCCUGUUCAGGAUUGUAGAGGCGAUGGGCGGCAAGAUCCUGAUCGACGGCAUCGAUAUAUCCACGAUCGGUCUACACCAGCUGCGUUCGCGCAUCACCAUCAUCCCCCAGGACCCGGUGUUGUUCUCGGGAACGCUCCGAAUGAACCUGGACCCUUUCGAGGCUUACACCGACGACGAAAUAUGGCGAUCGUUGGAGCACGCGCAUCUCAAGAACUUCGUCAAGGGGCUUCAAGCCGGGCUAAGGCAUGAGAUAUCGGAAGGGGGCGAGAAUCUGUCUGUGGGACAGAGACAGUUAGUCUGUCUCGCUCGCGCGCUACUUCGUAAAACACCGCUUUUGGUGCUCGACGAGGCCACCGCUGCCGUCGACCUCGAGACCGAUGAACUUAUACAGAAAACAAUCCGUUCCGAAUUCGCAUCGUGCACAGUGCUGACGAUCGCGCACCGUUUGAACACCAUAAUGGACUCUACUCGCGUCAUGGUCCUGGACAAAGGCCAACUUGUGGAAUACGCUCCACCAGAACAGCUGCUUCAAGACAAGAACAGCAUCUUCUACGGCAUGGCCAAGGACGCAGGCCUCGUCAGCUAAACAUCACAACUCAAUAUCAAACGCCACCCAUUCGGGAAAUAAAUAUCGCACCCGCCCAAGUUCACGCUCGUAACUGACUUUCAGUACGAUUCAAACUUUAUGGCGGUUUUGAAGAGCAGCGAGCGGAAUUAUACGCAGUUUGCAGUUCAGUGAAACUUCGCGCGCAUCUAGAAACUAGAACUACAGUGCGACAAGGAUCUUUGUGAAUAUAAGUAAUAGUUCAGAGAGGGCGCUGCUGAAUUCUUAAUGUUUCAAGUUCUAGAAAAUCUCCCGAUUUUUAGGAAACUCAUCUUAUUCUAUAUUUUAUAUACAUAAUUCGAAAAAUUUACGUAAAAUUUUAAUGUAACUGAUUUUAUAUAUUUUUUAUGAUCAUUUUUAUACCACCAAGGAAUUAACAAUCUAAAAUAAAGAAUUACCUGUGUCGAUUCCAGCGAGAUUCUCUAAACUUAAAACUAAAUUUAACACCAGUCUAUCCUUUUUAUUCUGUAUGAACAAUGACAAAGAUGCACCGUUGUCAAAUUCAAGUUUAGGUAUAGAGAAUCAUGCCAGAAUCGACACCACUGCUAAUUUAGAUAUUAUUUGACAUUGGUGUCAAUUCUGGCGUGAUUCUCUAAAGCUAAACUUAAAUUUGACAAUAGUGUAUCCUUGUCAUUCUCUACACAAAAUGAAAAGGAGAGACUGAUGUUAAAGUUAGUUUUAAGUUUAAAGAAUCAUUCCAGAAUUGACACCUUUGUAGAGCUUUGUUUUAUUAAUCAAAUGCCUAUAUUAUACAAUGGUUCAGCCUAUUGCAAUACCUACUGUUAAUAAAAGUAGUUCCAUGGCCAAAUCUUAUAAAAAAAAAGUUGUUACUUUUAUUUAAUUGAUAAUGUUUUAUUUGUUCACCCUUAACUUCCGUAUAAUACAAUCAGUUCUGAAUGGGGUGACCCUCUGGCGUUACAAAAUAUGACUUUUAACAAACAUGGUGGUGUUAGUUUUCUUUUCUUUCUUUCUUUCUUUCAAUAGUUGGUCCAAGCAUCACAUCGCAAUAGUAAAAUGCUUAAGGUUGCGGUUGAUGCGCAUUGCGCGAUUGGAGAGAGAAAGCUAGCGGUCUCUCAUCUUCUUUCUCUUUAAGGGACAGUUCCACUUGCAGUAGAGUCUAUAUCUCUCCUACUUUUAUACCUCUAUGACUGUACUACGUUUCGUUUAAUGCACUGCGACUGGCGCUUACUUCAGAGCCGCCGUUAUCUUUGAAUCGGACUAACUUUCGGUUCACAUUAAAAUACCCACCUGAACCCGUGAUCAGAUCGCUCGGACGCUACCAAAACUUCAAGAAUUUACGAGAACCGUUGUAGAGCUACAUUUAUUUUAGGAUGAUGGUUGUAGAACUUUGUCAGUACUCGAAUGAGGUUUAGCUAAUUAGGCGCCCGAUUAUCCGAUCACUACUCAUUACUGAAUGGGAGAAUAUUAUUAAUGUAAAGCUCACACAAUUUUUAUACUCUUACACCGUCUGUUGUCGAUAUUGGUUUAAAAUAUUCUGUGAGUGAAAUUUUUCACUGUACUCACAGUUGUAUCAAUUUUUUUUUCUAUGAUAGUAUGCUGACUUUUUAUAAAAACGAUCACCUGUUUUUAUAAAAUGUCAGCAUAUGUCAUAAAAUUCAUCAUCAUCAUCUAAAAAAAAUAUCAACUGUUUGAGUGGUGUGAGCUAAUUAAAUUCCACAAGGUCGAUAAUCGCGGAUUUUUUAUAACACAGUAAGAAAGUUGUCGCUAUUAUUAUGUUGAAUGCAGAGAGUAAUGUAAUGUAGAGCUACUUGUAAUACAACUGGCAAUAAUUUAGUUUAAACUUUUUACAGGUAUUUAGAUGAUUUUACUUAUACUCAGUAUUUUUUGUGUUAUUUAUGAAAAGACUAUCAGACUAUAUACCUGCAACCAAAUUAAGUUAAACCAACUUGUUAUUUUAUAAAAACUCACAAAAAAAAUUACAUAGGUAAGAUGUCCAAUGCAGUAUCAUUUUUAUAAACUACCUACUCUGCCGUUCAUUAUUGAGUUAGAUAAUAUAGUAAAUAUCUGGUAACAUACUGUAAAAAAUAAUUUAUUGCUUUAAAAUAUCGAUAAUGAUUUUUAUUUGUUGACUUUUAAGGGGUUAUCCAUAAAAUACGUCACACUAAUUUAGUAUUACAUUUUGAAAAGUGACGUCACGAAACUUAAGAUCCCUCCCAUCACGUCACAAUAUGUCACACUUCGUUGACCCAUUCCCUUACCCUUAACGUGUGACGUAUUGUAUGGAUGAUCCCUAAUGUAUAAAAAUAAUUUAGUUUAUUAUUAUUCGCCCGGGUAUAAUUUCGUGUUGAGUGUAGCAGUGUGCCUAUUUAACAAGAUUUGCUGCAUUACGCGAGAAUUAAUUAAAAUAUUUAUCACAAUUUUAAUGGAAUAGCAUACAAAAUCGUUGUGUUCAAAUAAAUAUCAAAAUAAUGGUAUUUGACUAAACUUACUAACUUUCAAAACAAUUAAUUUAACUUUUAGGCAUAAUGUUAAGUCAAAUAAUUUUAUUUUGGUUUUAGACCGGGAGAUGAUGACACAAAAUACUUGGUCAUUUGUACCAGUAUGGCGGUUCUUCAGGGGUCUAAUUACGUAAAGGCAAAAAGGAAAAUGAUGGUCAUAGCGCUCG